AUGGCUAAUGAGGAAAAAGAUAGCGUGGAAGACUACUUGCCGCUAAAGGAUUUCAAAGCGGAAAUUGAAGUACAGGAAGGAGCUUUCUCUCUUUGCUUUUGGCUUUACCUCAUGAGCUCCACUGCCUUCCCUGCCAGGCUCAUUCAGGUGCAAUCAGGUGCCAUGGAAGGUGCUCCUUUUCUUGUUCUGAGUGAGAAGAAGAAAAUGGUGCUCUUGCCAUUGAGUAUCUUACACAAGGAAGCUCCUGAAACUUGUGACUUGACUUCACUGUCAGAAGUUCCACAUGUAGCUAUGGAGACUGAGUUUCCUAUGGAGAAAUGGAUUCAUAUUGGGUGUGAGGUUUCGUCUGAUUUUGUGCUGCUACACAUUGAUGGUGAAAUUGCGGGAAAGAAAGCUAUGUCAUCUUUGUUCAACAAAGAUUCCAUUUCAAGUGGUUUGACGAAGAUCACUUUGGUUUGUGGUGGUGGAGAUGACAACAGUUUGCAGGGUUAUGUCCACAAUCAUAAAGUUUUGCCUUUGACUUCAUCUAUUAUGGAAUACUAUGCUAAGGACCCACCUCUACAAUUAUCCAUUGAUAAUUCAUCUGCUUCGGAGAUUGAAGAGGGCAGUGAUGGUGUUUGGAGUAUUGUUGGUGGCAAGGCCUCUUGUCGCAGGAUUUUUUCACUGGAUGUUGUACUGUUAGAUGCCUUUUCCCAUCCUAUAAACAAGGAGUUGGAGGUUAUUGCUUCCCUCGUGUAUGCUGACAAUGGGGCACCUGUGGAGAAGACAAGUGACGGAGAAGCUCCUCUUUUGGCAAGCCAAGAUGGGGUUGAAUUUGCUUCGUGUGAUAGACCAAGUAAAAUGCUGCAUGGGCAUGCGUCUUUUAAGCUGAAGAUAUCUCAGCUUUCAUCUAAGUGUGAUAAUCGGAUGUUCCGCAUAAUGUUUCACAUGCCAAAACUGGAAACGUAUCCUUUCCUCAAGGCAUUCUCCCCUCCAAUUCGUUGUAUCUCAAGGAAUCCUAGUACUCGGAUAUCCUCUAGAUUGUGGAAAAGGCCAGCAUCUGCCAAUGAUCAACUUAAUUUAUCUCAGUUAUCAGGAUUGGAUGAUGAAACGUUAGAACUUCAUCACAGUUCUAUUCAUGAAGAAAAACUGAGUCCAUCAUCAAAGCGGUGUAGAUUGGGACAAGAUGACGAAUGCAACUCUCAUUUAAGAACUGCUAAUCAGGUUAAAAAUGUGGUGAGGAGAUCCGACAGUCUUGAAGAAUUAGAUGUCUCCCAAACUGAUUCAGAGAGCCCCGAAGCGAGAAACUCAGCUCUCAAGAGUACGUCAAGUAGUAGAAAUCCAAUGUCAGAUGCAACCAUUUUUAAAUACUGCCUAGCAGGUUUAACUGAAAAGACUCUUCUGCUCAAGGAGAUUUCCAGCACUGGUUCUAAUGAAGAACUUUUGAGUUUUUCCCAUCAGGUUUCCUUAUAUUCAGGAUGUUCACACCACAGGCACCAAAUAGCAAUGGCAAAGCGAUUGAUAGAGGAAGGAAAUAAGGCUUGGAAUUUGAUCUCACAAAAUAAACACCAGGUUCCAUGGGAAAGUGUGGUUUUUGAAAUUGAAGAGCAAUUCAUGAAGAUUGCUUGUUGUAAUUCUCGGGCUCUCACGCAACAGGACUUUGAGCUACUGAGGAGAAUUGCUGGUUGCCAAGAAUAUCUGGCCCAAGAAAACUUUGAAAAGAUGUGGUGUUGGUUAUAUCCUGUAGCUUUAACGUUAUCAAAAGAUUGGAUAAAUACAAUGUGGAGUUCAACAUCUCCCAAGUGGAUAGAAGGAUUCAUUACGAAGGAAGAAGCUGAAACUUCACUUCAAGGUUCAAGGGGUUUACAGGAAUCUGGUACAUUUGUACUCCGGUUUCCUACUUCAAGGAGCUGGCCCCACCCAGAUGCUGGUAGCUUAGUUGUGACUUAUGUUAGCAGCAAGCACUCUAUUCACAACAAGCUUAUCUCCCUUGAUCAAAUGUUUAGUUCUGCUGAGAGGGAAAAGAAUGCAAAACCACUGCAAGAUAUGCUUCUUGCGGAACCCGAACUCUCUCGAUUGGGAAGGCAAGAAAUUUAUUAA